UAAAGAUUCAAAAACACAACCUCUAAAACUUCAUUUCAACAUGGUACCACAGAUUGACUUCAACCCAAAAUGGAGCUAGCAAGACCUCAGAUCCUCAACCCAAAAAAUCCAGCUCCGUACACCACAGGGGAACCAGUUGCUGAAGAAAAUGAAGGAAUGCUUCAUUGUUUAAAGAUCAAGAGAAUAACUCAAAUCAAUUAUGCUCAAGAUAUUUUUUCCAGUUUUGCAUCAAAAGAUAUUUCACCAAAACAUGUUCAUGGUAAUAUGUUCAUUUCAGUCCGGUUGAUCCAAAGUCUUUGCCCUUAUUGGUAUAAAUUAUUCAUUGUGAUACCUUCAAAACUUGUCACCAUUCUUAGAAAACCAAUAAUUACAGUUCCAAGAUUUGUAUUGUUUCCUCCAAAGUCUCCAGUAAAUGAAGAUGUUGAUAUGGAUGAAGUGAGCCAUCCUCAGAGAGAUCCAAAUCCUGUGUCUUACCAAAUGAGAGCAUUUGAUGAGCUAACAAUCCAGUUCAAUGAAAAUGAUGUCUAUGAUUAUGAAAAGGAAUUGAAUGCUAUUGAUAAGGUAAUAUUUGAAAAAGUUUCAAAAGGGAAAGCUGUUUGUCCAUUUGCUAUUUAUACAAAUCUCUUUGAAGUUAAAUAUCACCCAACACCAUAUUCAAAUUUUUAUCAAAUUCCAGAAGAUGAUCUUGAAGAAGCUUUCAAAUCGGUUGUUCAAAAAUUUGAUUGGUUUUUUGAUACGUGUUUGAAGUACAAAAUUUCAAUUCUUCCAGAGCAGUUUUUGAUUCCUACAUCACAUCCUAGGUUUUCAAGUUUAGGAUCAGAUUUGAAAGAUUGUCUUAACCAUACUCAACCACCAAGUUUAGUUUACUGCUGUAACAAUAACUUUAUGUUAUUUGAAUUUACCCAAGAUGAUUUAGAAAAUAUGAUGAAGAGUUAUUUUGAUCAAAAA